AUGUUGCGUCGUCAAGCCCGCGAACGUCGUGACUACCUCUACCGGAGAGCACUGCAGCUCCGCGAUGCCUCAAUCGCCGAGAAACGAGCGCAAUUAAAGGCCUCGUUGGCUUCUGGCAAGCCUCUUGACCCCUCGAUCGCGAACGACAAAUCUCUCCGCCAAGAUUUCAAAUACGACGAGUCGAAGGAUGAAGUGGAUGUCGACGACGAAUAUGCCCUGACCUCUGGGUUGAUUGACCCUCGCCCAUUGGUCACUACAUCUCGCUCGCCAUCUGCUCGGCUCGGCGCUUUUGCUAAAGAGAUUCGAUUGCUCCUUCCGACCUCUAUACGUCUCAACCGUGGCAACCUGGUCAUGCCCGAUCUCGUGUCCAGCGCUACCUCCGCUUCCCUGACCGAUAUGGUCCUACUUCAUGAGCACCGAGGUACACCAACCGCUCUCACAGUCUCCCACCUACCUCAUGGUCCAACCGCCAGUUUCUCACUCCACAACGUUGUCCUUCGAGCGGAUAUUCCCAACGCCGAUCGUGGAACAGUCUCUGAGAGUUAUCCACACCUGAUAUUUGAAGGCUUCACGACAAAACUUGGUCAGCGCGUCGUUCAAAUCCUCAAGCACUUGUUCCCCCCUCGCGAACCAGGCAAGGUUGGCACUCGAGUUGUGAGCUUUGUCAACAAGGAGGACAGCAUUGAGGUUCGUCAUCACGUCUUCGUCAAGAGCAGCUACCGAGAUGUCGAGCUUGCUGAAGUGGGGCCCCGGAUGACCAUGCGGCUAUUCGAGAUUCGCGGCGGUACUCUCGAGAAGGGCUCUACAGGUGACGUGGAGUGGGCACUCACACAAUACACGAGAACCAGCAAGAAGAAAGACUACCUUUAA